AACACGAUUUUUGAUUCAGUCUGCGUGCGUUCGCCGUACGGUGUAGGUGUGUCGUAAGCGUUUUAACGUCCAAUAGUUUCGCGACUUUGCCGCCUUUCAGUUAACGAUUUGAAAAAAACUUUGAAUAGUGACACAAAGUGUAAAAAUGACGAAUGCCCUUGUAGAUGUUUCUUGAUAUUUGUGACUAGUGUGCUCUUUCUUGUGAUUUUGCGAGUUGUGAAGUUUAUUUCAACAUCGAGAGUGGAUUUACGAGUGUGCCGGCAUUUUGCGUGGUCGUAAAGCCACGUACUAAAAGCUGAUUGUGCACAACAAACAUGAGGCCGUCGGCAUCUCUGCUCUCCAUUUAUUUCUACGCGCUGUUGUCAAGCGGAACGUCAUCGAGUGGCGAUGACAGACGGUGGCUGGUAGCGUUAGUUGACUUAGUAGAGUUAGACUAUGUGGACCAUUGCGAGCAAAGAGCGACCGCUACAUGGAAUGAGCUCAUUGGAAGUAGUAAGGGACUGUCUACAAAGUUGGAGAGAGACAAAGCAUUCGGGAUAUUCUCGAGACAGCAAACGUCUGAAGUAAAAAGAGGUCUAACAGGAUACACUCUAGCAUCGAACGAUGAUGUAUUGAGACGAAAGGUCAAGUUGCUACUUCAACCUGGGGAUACACUAUUGGAAACGGAACAAUGGAUCAGACUAGUGACAUUUGGUGAUACCGCUUUGCAUCGACUGCGUUUCGCCACUAAUUAUGAUUGCGGCAAUAACAGGAAUUGCACUUUAAGAGAAUUACAAAGCAGCCUGGCAAGACAGCAGGACGAAGAAAAACUUAUGUCUAUGAAGAAGUCUUGGGAACAAAAUUUACCUAAUAUGAAUGAAUAUUUGGAACAAAUUUUGCCACUACUAAGAAAUGCUUCUAAGGAAAACAAUUACGAUACUGUUGAAGAAUAUUGGGAUUUCCUUGUUGAAUACGAAGGAGCUAUACUGAAGGCCAGGGAGUUAUGGGAUAACAUAAAACCUCUCUACAUAAAACUACAUAAGUACGUUUCACUCAGAUUGAAAGGGGCAGAUGCCGUUGGAAAACCUUUACCUGUCCAUUUAUUGAAAUCUUUAAACGGAGACGACUGGUCAAAUAUUAUAGAAAGUUUAUUACCCCAACAUCCUGCUGUAUAUCAGAAAGUUCAUGCAAAUCUUCAACUCAAGGAUCUCGGAGGUAUAAAUGCAUUUAAAACAGCAGUUAAUCUGAUUCAAGAAUUAGGAUUAGGUGAACUAGAAGCAGAUUUAUGGACAGAUUCAAUAUUUAAUAGCACUUGUCCUCCAAUUUUGCUGGAUUGGUGUAAACCUAAUAAAGUCCGUGUCGUCUCAUGUAAAGAUGUUAGUUUCGUUAACUACGUCGAGGCUCAUGAAGCUGCUAUGAAAAUUAAAUACAAAGAGAUCGCUGCACUGCAUAGCAAUAAUACUUAUAUACUUAGAGAAGCUCCUCGUUAUUCUGCAACAUUCGAGGCUAUUCCUGGUUUCUUUUCACUCCUAGCACUAAAUCCACAUGCUUUGAGUAGAACUGGUCUGUUUCCAUUAGACAUAUUUAGCUACAAUGCAAACCACCAUCGUCUCGUUCUGCAACUUAUAACAGCUUUGAGAGAUUUACCAAAAUUAAAUUUUUAUUUAGCUGCUGAUGAGUGGAGGUUGAAAGUGUUGAUGGGAUCGAUCCCGUACUCUAAAAUAGCUAGUAGUUGGAGAGAGUUUCGCAAAGACUUUUCACUUUUAGAAACAUCCGACGUCGAUCUGCUUGGAGAUCCUUAUAUUUUAUUCAACAAACCAUUUAUAGGAAAAUUCAUGGGCUUAAUUCUAAAGUACCAAAUCUACCACUCGUUUGCUGAAGAACUGAUAUCUGAUGAAUCUGAUUUAGUGCAAUAUGUCAGCGAAAAUAAUGAACGAAUCAGUGACACCAUGAUGCAAGGCUUUGGAAGAGUCUGGCCGGAAAUGGUUAAUGAUUUAUUAGCAACACGAGAGAAUGGAUUGGAAUACACUGGACUUACAGAUUACUACCGGCUGUUAGAUGAUUACUUAGAUAAACAGUUGGAUCCACCUAAAGAUGCUAGUGAUGAUUAUGUUGAACCCAUAACGGAACCCAUACCUGAAGAGAAUGAAAUUAUUGAAUUUAGUGAAGUAAACACUGAACCUACUGUCAAAAAAGGUGGCACACAUGAAGAUUUAUUAAGUAAUGUCAUAGAUACAGGUUUCAAUGAUCUACUUUCAAAACUUGACGCGGAAACGUCUACAGUGGGCGUAUUAGAAAUCAAGAAUCCAGUACAUUCUGGGGACCAAAGUAAAGAUACAAAAGAGGCAUCCUAUAAUACUUAUUGGUGGAUAGGUAUCGCGGUCGCGUUAGCUAUAAUAAUAAUACUAAUAGCAAUAAUUGCGAGGAAACGUCACAAUCACAGAAAGCAAUUGGAACGACAGAGAAGAGAAAACUCGCAUGCCUGAUUUGAAGAAUAUCGGUUCUAGAAAAGGAACCGAUGUGAUUUAGGACUAAGACUAAACUCUAGUGAAAUCAUGCCAAUGCUAUAUUUUUCAGAAAGUGAGUGAAGUCUAGAUAUCGUUUUAGUGUUGUUCAUCUAUAUUUCUUUACAAACUGCUAUUAGUUUAAAAAUUGUGUUCUAUUUUGCAUGUUAUAAUUUAUUCGUAUACUGAGGUGCUCUAACUCAUUCACUAUCAUUGCAAUUAUGUUGUUAAUAGUAUUUGUACAGUUUCAUCUUACCUUCCAUUAAGGAUAUAAAAUUGUGCUAGAUAAAUAAAGUUUCAGUAAAUAUUUUUGUACAUAUCACAAUUUGCAAGAUAGUAUUAUAAAGAUUGUUACCAACAGUGUCUAUAGUAAUUGUACAAUAUGUACAUUAUAGUUAGGUGUAAUUUCGCUGUGCCUUAAGCGUCUCAAUUUCUAAUAAGUAAGAUGCAUAAAUGUGUUAUUAGAAAUGAACUUUGUAAAAAAUAAUUAUAUAAUGUAAUUUUAUAAAAUCUCUAUUUACUCCGCUCUGCGUCUCUUAAUUUAAGUUUUGUUCAAUUUAAAUAAAAACAUAUAUUUCAUAUUUUAAAUUUAAAACCUAUGAGUUUUCAAUUUUAUUGCGAUAACCAAAUAUAGAGUAUUUUUGUUUGAUGUCUUUGUAAUUUUAAUUAUAAAAUGUUAUAUUGAAAUUUAUCAUUAAGUUUUACAGUUAAUGAAGCAUGAAUUAGUAAAAAUUUGUGUCAGAUACGAAAGAGAAAUAAUAAAUGUUUUAAACAUUAA